AUGGUCGAAAUGAAGUCAAUAUUUUUAGUACUGUUUGCACUUUGUUGCAGUGUUUAUAAAUCAAAAAGUGAACCUAACAUAACCGCUAUGGGAACGAGUAAUAUUCUUGGUAGUGGUUUUACAUUCGAGUUGAUCAUGACAAAACUGAACAUGAUGGAGCAUCAUUUCGUAGAGAAGGAUUUCGAAACUGAUGAGAAAAUCGCCAUUCUCAGUUCCAGAAUCGAUAGCAUGGUAAAGUCUAUCGAACAUUUGGCAUGGAUUGCGCAGCAAACUGGUGAAACGGUGAACCAACUUGGCUUGAAUGGAAAGCACAUCGGGCAGAAUCUCAGCGUGAUACAGCGCGAUCUCACGAAUGUACUAGCCGAGCAGAAACUCCUUGUCACAGGUCAUCAGCUCAGGGAAUACCUUCAUCUGAAAGGAUGCAACUCGACGAGCAUGGAUCUGAGUGAAUCUCGUUCUCGAUUGUAUGCUUCUUGCAAUAAGGUACCGAUACCGGUGUCUGGUGUGUACCACAUACGACCCGAGAAACCUUUCAAGGAGCCGAUAACUGUGUUUUGUGAUCAAGAGUACGACAACGGUGGUUGGGUUGUGAUUCAGCAUCGUUUUGAUGGAUCGACGAACUUCUACCGUAAUUGGCAGGAGUACAAGAAUGGCUUCGGAAAUCUGAAUGGAGAGUUCUGGUUGGGGCUGGAUCGCAUCUAUCAGUUAACGGUGUCGGGGCCUCACGAGUUGGUGAUACUGUUGGAGGAUUUUGACGGAAACACGACGUAUGCGCGAUAUAGUGAAUUUUCGAUAGGAGAUGAAAGCGUGAAAUAUUCUCUCACCAGUAUUGGUGGCUACUCGGGAACGGCUGGUGACUCUAUGGCGGAUUUGAAGGGGAUGAAAUUUUCAACCUUCGAUGCCGACAACGAUACAUGGAACGAUAAUUGCGCCGUAAAAUUCGCGGGAGCGUGGUGGUACGCGGGAUGCCAUUCAAGCAAUCUCAAUGGAAAAUACUUACGAGGCGAAACUAAAGAGUUUGCCACAAGUAUGGUUUGGAAAAGCUUUCGAGGAUAUCACUAUUCAUUGAAAUCGUCAAAAAUGAUGAUAAGACCUGUGUAG